AUGCAAUGCAAUCCUCUUCUCCUCUUUUCUCUUCUGUACUCUUCUCUGCAGUAUGAGACCUUUGAGUCCAGCGUGCAUUUCGGCGUGCAUUUCGGCGAGGCUUUCGGCAUGCAUAUCGUCACGGUGACGCCGACGCUGCGUCGGACGCCGGGGGUGAUCUACUCUAAUCUGCAGCUCAAAGUGCAUUUGCUGGGAAUCAUAACCGGCCAGCCUCCGAGUCUCCGACAUCACAUAAGGCACGGCGCGGCGGUCGCAGGCAUGGCGGUCGCAGGCAUGAGCCCUCGAGUGUCUACUCAACCCGAGAAUUCGCCCGUGUCGCUCACAUACGCUAUGGGUUUCGACACACUUGACGGCGACGAACGCGCACUCCGUCAGGUCGGCGUCGAGAGCGACACCGACAGACUACAGCAACGGGUCCUCGCCGCUCCCGGCUCGUCACGCCAAACUCCAGUGCUCCACACGGCUAUGCUUCACCGUGCAUCUACACAGCCUCGAUUCUGGAAGCACG